AUGAAAACCGCGACCGAGAAGGCUCGUGAGCCAUCAAGUUGGUUUCGACUGAACUCUCGUCACAAACGCGCCACGCAGCGAUCCACUGACUCGACGAUAUUUGCUUUCUCUCUAGACCCCGAUGCCCUAGGGGACCUUGUCCAAACCAAGGAUAUACAGAAAUUGCAGGCCCUUGGAGGUAUCCGAGGAUUAGAGGAGGGACUACGAACCGACGUUCUCUCCGGUCUGAGCCUGGACGAGACCUACGUGGAUGUCCCUGGAAACGUCCCAACCAAUACCAAAAACACCGAUUCGGCAGAGAAGCUUGCUACUCCUGAGUGCCGUGUCUCGUCAGAGCUUCGUCGUGAUGUCUUCAUUGAUAGGAAAACAUUCUACGGAGAUAAUCGCCUUCCCACGCAACCUGCCCCGAGCUUCUUAUCACUGAUGUGGUCAGCCUACAAUGAUCAUGUCCUCUUCCUUCUGACUGGCGCUGCUAUCAUUUCGCUCGCUGUGGGGUUGUAUCAAACAUUCGGGACCAAGCAUUCUGCCAACAACCCGCCCGUCGAAUGGGUUGAGGGUGUUUCGAUCCUCGUCGCUAUCAUCGUGAUUACUCUUGCCGGUGCCGUAAAUGAUUACCACAAGGAAUACAAGUUUCGCAAACUCAACAAAAAACAGCAAGACCGCAAUGUGUGGGUACUUCGCUCUGGGCGGGUCCAUGAGGUCCCCAUCUCCGAUGUUUUCGUCGGUGAUAUCGUCCAAAUCCAUCCUGGAGAUAUUGUGCCUGCAGACGGUGUGUUGAUAAAGGGGCAUCAGGUCAAAUGCGAUGAGUCUUCGGCAACUGGCGAGUCAGAUCCGGUUUCUAAGACUGCUGUCGGGGGCAUCGAUGCCGAUCGCUCGCAUACUGGGUUUGAUCCUUUCAUUCUUUCUCACACCAAGAUCGUGGAAGGUGUCGGUUCUUACCUUGUACUGGCAACCGGCACAAGUUCCAGCUACGGAAGAAUCCUCCUUUCUCUUGAUACCGAUCCAGGAUUCACUCCGCUUCAAAUGCGGCUCAGCAGUUUAGCAAAGAACAUUGCUCGCUUCGGUGCACUUGCGGCUAUUGUGCUGUUCGUGAUCUUAUUCAUCAAGUUCUGUGUCAGCCUCCCCCGCAGCAGAGAUUCCCCUUCCGAAAAGGGACAAUCGUUUUUGAACGUGUUUAUUCUGGCCUUGACUGUCGUUGUUAUCGCCGUUCCUGAAGGACUUCCGUUGGCGGUUACUCUUGCCUUGUCGUUUGCAACUACCCGGAUGAUGCGUGAUAACAACCUGGUUCGGAAGCUCCAAGCAUGUGAGACGAUGGGACAAGCUACGGAUAUCUGUUCGGACAAAACGGGAACUCUGACACAGAAUGAAAUGACUGUUGUCUCAGGGUUCUUCGGUCCUACCUCGCAAUUUACUGAUCGCGCUGGAAGUCCAAAUAGCUCAGUUGAAGGAACAUCUUCCUCAGUGGCAAAAUGCAUGGGGUCUUUCUCAGACCAGUGGGUUUCUCUUAUGAGGCAAUCCAUAGUGAUCAACUCCACUGCAGUUGAAAGCCGCAAUUCUGAAACUAGAGAAUUCCUCGGGUCCCAAACUGAGGCCGCUUUGUUGAGAUUCACCCAAGACUAUCUCGGUCUAGGCCAGCUUGACUAUGACCGGGCCAAUGCUGAGGUCGUUGAUCUUCUACCUUUCGAUUCUUCUCGCAAAUUCAUGAUCUCCAUUGUCAAGCUCGUCAAUGGGUCAUAUCGAGCAUAUAUCAAGGGCUCACCUGGACCACUGAUGAAGAAAUGUGUAGCCACCAUUGCUCAGCCAACCCAAGGUAUUGAGACUGUUCCUCUCACCAAAGAAGCAAUGGGACAGAUUUGUCAGGUCACUCGACAAUAUGCCUCAAGGUCCCUACGGACUAUGGCCAUUUGUUUCCGUGAUUUGGACCAUUUGCCCUUUAUGGGAGAUGGGAUGACAGUGGACUUUGAGGAUGUAAUGAAAGAUCUUACAUUCCAUGGCAUUAUGGGAAUCCAAGACCCUCUCCGGACCGAUGCACGAGAUGCUGUAGAGACAAGCCAGAAAGCGGGUCUCAUUGUUCGAAUGGUCACUGGCGACAACGCUCUAACAGCCAAAUCCAUUGCCGAAGAAUGCGGGAUUAUUACCGGCCCAGAUGACGUUGUGAUGGAAGGUCAAAAAUUCCGUGCGCUAAGUGUAGGCCAGCAGAAAAGUCUGGUUCCACGUCUCAAGGUCCUGGCUCGGUCCCGGCCAGACGAUAAACGUGUUUUGGUGGAGCGCUUGAAAGAUCUCGGUAGAGUCGUUGCUGUUACUGGAGACGGCACCAACGACGCCCCUGCCCUUGCAACUGCUGACAUCGGGUUUUCGAUGGGGAUAUCUGGCACUGAGAUUGCUCGUGAGGCCUCCUCUAUCGUUUUGAUGGACGAUAGGUUCUCUUCAAUCGCCAAUGCUAUCAUGUGGGGAAGAACAGUCAGCGAUGCUGUCAAGAAAUUCUUGCAGUUCCAAAUUACCAUCACUUUCACCUCCGUCGGUCUGGCAUUUGUGUCAGCGGUAGCGGACUCAUCGCAGCAGUCUGUCUUAACCCCAGUGCAGCUCAUGUGGGUGAAUCUCUUCCAAGAUACUCUAGCAGCUCUGGCGCUAGCAACCGACCCCCCAACUCGCCGGGUUCUUAACCGCAAACCUGAGCCCAAAUCUACACCUCUGAUCACUCCUAUCAUGUGGAAGAUGAUCAUCGGUCAAUCUAUUUACCAGAUGGUCGUGACACUCGUCCUGUACUUCGCAGGCUCAUCUAUUUUCUCAUAUCAUACCGAACUUCAAACAUCACAGCUACAAACGGCUAUAUUCAACACAUAUGUGUGGAUGCAGAUAUUCAAUAUGUACAACAACCGACAAAUCGAGCGGUCAUUCAACCUCCUCCAAGGAAUUCACCACAACUGGCUCUUCAUUGCAGUUACCUUCCUGAUGACAGGGGCUCAGAUUCUAAUUAUGUUUGUCGGCGGCCGGGCAUUCUCAAUCACAAAAUUGACAGGCGAGCAAUGGGCUUAUUCCGUCGUUCUCGGCGCAAUCUCCAUUCCCAUUGGCUUCCUAUUGCAGAUUUUUCCCACGGCCGUUAUUGAGAAGCCAAUAGGAUGGUUAGAAAACAUGUGGAAGCUAGUGGAAGCCACUAUGGUGACUCUUUCGGUUUGCAUAUUUCUCUGUUGA